GAAGACGGGAGCUCAUCUUGUUUCUGACAUACAUUUCCAACAUGUGGUUGAGGUGACAUAGGCUUAAACACUCAACCAGCUUUCCAUCGUUCGUUCCCUCCUCGCUAUGGCGACGCCAAAAGUCCUCGGGCAUCUCUCCAGACCCUCCAUUUGCCUCCCCUACUCUCGAGUCCAUAGAGCCACCCAACGGCGAACCUUCCUGCCAAAUCCCUUUGCUUCUGCUAUAUUCCCCAGCACCGAGCCACAGACAUUGACCGCACGACGCAUACUCCCAUAUGCAUCGGCACCAGUCUACUCAAUAAUCGCCGACAUACCCAACUACCACGCCUUUUUACCAUAUUGCCACAGCAGCGACAUCACACAAUGGUCAGCUCCGGAUCAGACAUACAGCCGGCGCUGGCCAAGCGAGGGCAUCUUAACUAGCGGCUAUGGCAACAUCACCGAAUCCUUUACGUCGCGAGUGUACUGCGUACCGGGCAAGGUGGUAGAAAGCGUGGGUGGAAAGACGGAGACGAGCCUGUCGAGAGAGGAGGUGUCACAUCACCUCAAGGGUGGUGAACAAAAGGCAGGCGAUGUUGCGUUGUUGACGCAUCUACGUAGCAAAUGGACGAUUGAGGAGCUGGGUAAAGACAAGACAGAGGUUACGCUGGCCUUGGAGUUUGCGUUUGCGAAUCCUUUGUAUGCGGCGUUGAGCGGGGGUGCAGCGCCCAAGGUUGCAGAUCGCAUGAUCAGAGCUUUUGAGGAGAGGGUGGGGUCAUUGUUAGUUGCCAAUCCAGACAUGGCGAGGGCGAGUCUUGCAGAAUUCGAUGGAAGCAGGUUGAAGAGGUGAUUAUUGUAUAAGACCAAUUUAUCAAAUGCAAUACACGAGAUGGUGCCGAACACGGCAUUGCCUAA